ACUGACGUCGUCUCACCGCCAUUCUCGGGUUACUGAGUUGUCGGAAUUCCAUUUCCCGGCAUAAAUCGCCGGCAAUCAUUGAGGAAAUUUUAUUUGCGGCGAAGUCUAGGAGGAAACAGCCGGAAUAUUCUGAGAUUGUUUUCAUAAUCACAUUUUAGUUGGCUUUUCAUCACCGGUACCUCACCGAAAUUUGAUUUUCUGGCAACUUUGUGGGUACCGUUUCACGGAAAUGGCCGAAGUCUGCUGAGGACGCCACUAAAAUCCCACUUCCCGUCUUGUUUUGGCAGGAAAUCAACCGGAACUCUGCCGGAAUUCGUAUUUUCCGGUACUUUGAAUCACGACUCGGUAGAGUACACCUGAAACUCUGUUCGUACGGCAUUUUUCGGCGGGAUUCUCACCGGAAUGUUAAAAGCUUGAAGCUUUAAACUUUACUUUUGUGACUGUAAUUGGUCUGCAUUUGUGUUUUCUGGCGUCUAGAUCUUGCUGGAUUUGAAAGCACUUUGGAGUUCUUUGUUCUUUUCGUCAUCUUCGCCGGAUUUUUGAUUUUCUGGCCUACAGAUCUCCGGAGAAUAGAAAACGGGGGAUUUUGAGGUAAUGUGGUACCAGAAAGGGAAACUGCUGAUAUCUCGUUGAAUUUUUGCUGUGGCCGGAAAACGCUUGUUUUGUUUGAUGAUUUUUUAUAUUUUCCAGCUGCUUAUUCAGAGACUUUGAGGGGAUAUCAGGAUUGGUUACUAUUUUCUGUAGAUUACACAGGAUUCAAGAGGCUCUUAAUUGUUUUUUAAAAUGAUGAAUACCAGGUCAUAGGGCAUUAAAAUUUUCAGACUAUUUAGCGAAGGAUCAAGACGGAAACAUAGCUGACAUUCACCUGCAUUGGCUUGAAAAUGUCGUGAAUGAGAGGUUUUAGAGGGAUUCGUAAUCCUUUUAUUUAAUGAUGGAUACAGAAUGGUGGAAAGUUCGAUGCAUUCUCUAAGUGAGGAUCUGAGCACUUCAAUCUGCUAAUUUUGGGACGAUAUUGUAACUUUAUAAAUUUUGGUGGAAAGCUCGGGGAUUGAAAAAUUAGUUUUUUCUAAGUGUCAUUCUCUUCGAGACCGAGAAUUUGGUGAUAAAAUCCUCCAAUAAGUUUGAGAUUUUAGGUUUCUGGUUAGUGGUCUUGUUUCAUGAAGCGUUAAUGCAUUUAGGUUGAAAACCUAGAAGAAUAGUAUUUGGUCAGCUUUCUAGUUUUUCUUCUUAUCAUUCCUUGAAGGUUUAAGGCAGACACCAAUCUUGAGGCCUCCGUAUUUUCUGUAUUCUCGCUGCUCUUUGGGCAUCAAAGAAAGAGAAAGGUUUGGAGAAAACGAUCUCUGUUACAUUGGUUUUUCAGGUAUAGCUUUCGCAUGUCGUCAGUUACAGUGGCUUAACCCCGUGAAAUUGUAUAAGUUACGUACACAACUGGAUUGCUUUAUGAGCCACAAUCAUCAGAGAAUAAGAAUUGGGAUGGUUGAUGAGAUUUAUGGGGAGAUGCAUGUAUAAAGAUGUGCAGAUUAGAGAGAAGUGAAGGUGUAGACUACGUUGUUAACUGCAGUGGUAGGGCUAAACAAAGGCCAAUGGGUUUGAAGACUUUGGGUGAUAUCAAAUCAGAGAAGCAAAGGAAUUCGACUAUCCCUAGGUCACGAAUGCAGGUUUGGAUGAUUCGUGCUACCACCAUGAUUUUGCUGUGGACUUGUAUGGUUCAGUUGACAGCUUUGGGGGAGAUAUGGGGUCCUCGUGUUCUUAAAGGGUGGCCUUCUUGUUUUAUGGCUUCUGAAACAGAGCCUUCGAGAGUGGAUCAGGUGGUUCUCCCCAAGAAGAUUGUGCUUCCUCCCAAAAGGAUUUACAAGAACAACGGUUACCUUAUGGUUUCAUGUAAUGGAGGUCUUAAUCAAAUGCGAGCAGCGAUUUGUGACAUGGUGGCAAUAGCAAGAUAUUUGAAUGUGACAUUAAUAGUGCCAGAGCUAGACAAAAGCUCUUUCUGGGCAGAUCCAAGCGAAUUUGAGGAUAUAUUUGAUGUGGAUCAUUUUAUUACCUCAUUGAGGGAUGAGGUUAGGAUAUUGAAGGAACUACCCCCCAGGCUAAAGAGAAGGGCAGAACUAGGAAUGGUCUAUUCUAUGCCACCCAUUAGUUGGUCAAACAUAUCCUACUAUCUUCAUCAGAUUCUCCCCUUGAUUCAAAAGUACAAGAUUGUGCAUUUGAACAAGACUGACUCGAGGUUAGCAAAUAAUGGCUUGCCAUUGAAGAUCCAACGCCUUAGGUGCCGUGUCAACUACAGUGCUUUAAGGUUCACAUCACAGAUUGAGGAGUUGGGUCGAAAGGUUAUCAGACUAUUGAGGCAAAGUGGCCCUUUCGUGGUUCUCCAUCUUCGUUAUGAAAUGGAUAUGUUAGCAUUCUCUGGGUGUACACAUGGAUGCAUCAAUGUAGAAGUGGAGGAGUUAACACGAAUGAGGUAUGCCUACCCAUGGUGGAAAGAGAAAGUCAUAAACUCCGACAUGAAAAGAAAAGACGGGUUGUGCCCUUUAACACCAGAAGAGAUAGCCCUUGUUCUCAGGGCCCUCGACUUUGACAGAAAUGUGCGGAUCUAUAUUGCUGCAGGGGAAAUAUAUGGCGGGCAAAAGAGAAUGUCUAGCCUUUCUACAGCAUAUCCCAAUAUUGUGAGGAAGGAGAUGUUGUUGGAACCAUCAGACUUGCAGUUGUUUCAGAAUCAUUCGUCUCAGAUGGCGGCUCUGGAUUACAUGGUCUCAUUAGAGAGCGAUGUCUUUAUACCUACAUAUGAUGGAAAUAUGGCCAAAGUUGUAGAGGGCCACCGCAGAUUCUUAGGGUUCAGGAAGACGAUAUUGUUGGAUCGCAAGCUCAUAGUUGAGCUAGUAGACCAAUACAAUAAUGGCUCCUUGGGCUGGGAUGAAUUCUCCUCUGCCAUCAAGGAAACCCACUCCAAUCGCAUGGGGAAGCCAUCAAAAAGGGUAGUAAUUCCAGAAAGACCAAAGGAAGAAGAUUAUUUCUAUUCCAACCCACAAGAGUGUUUGAUCGAUAGCCCUCAAAUUUCAGAGAUAUAGAUAGCUCCACCUUUCCUCUCUAAUUAUUUGCAUGAAAUGCAGAUCAAGUAUCCUCUCUCAUCAUAUGGGGGUGGCAAAGGGAUUGGAUUGACGAUGCAAUUGAGGAAAGGGGAGAGAGAGAGAGAGAGGUGGGUUGGGUGAUUCUUCAGUACGCAGCUGAUACCUACUUAUAUAUGUGUUAUUUACGUUCAAAUAAUUCUCUUUGUACAGUACUCUGCACAUUGCAGGAAAAAGGAUCGGCUGCCUGUAUUACAACAGCUAAGUCCGAAGAGAGAGAGCGAGAGAGAAAUGAUCAUGUUCCUAUUUGAAGGUUGGUUAUUGGAAUAUGCAUAGAUCAUCUGAUUUUUUGUAUUC